CCAGUAUAUAGUGCGGUCACUCUGCGACGCUGUCACACACGCACGAACUGUCAGUGGCUUCGGCUCUUUUAUACGUGUCGCGCUACGUACUUUCACAUUCGCUUUGUUAUUUUCAGUCUGAACGCAGUGCAUCCUGUGCAGCAACCCAUACAACAACAGAAAAAAUGGCACCACCACAGAGAAUGCGCGUCGCUAACGAGAAGGCCAGCAAAUAUGUGACAAUGCGUGGCAAUGUUCCCAAGUCCUCGAAAACGAAAGAAGGACAAUACCCCGUCGGACCUUGGCUCUUGGCGCUGUUCAUUUUUGUUGUGUGUGGAUCAGCGAUUUUCCAAAUCAUACAGUCCAUUCGGGCUGCGUAAACUUGAAGACAAAUUUAAAGAUAUAAUCCAUAAGCUCAGCACACACACCACAAACACACACUCAACCGCAGGUCUGAUUUCCUUUCCUCUCCCCCGUCAUCAUACUCCAAUCGUAGCUGAAGAAUUAUCCCGGAACUAUGUGCAACGUCUGCAGAGAUUGACAACUUGGCUUUCCAAUUCAUUGAAUUGUUGUAUGCAAUAUGUAUUUCUUAUACACAUACAAAAUUUAAGUCCAUAUUUGUAUUUUUUAUUAAUAAUUAAGCUUUAAACAAAAACAAACCAGAAUAUUAUGUGCGCUCAUAUUGUAAAAGCAUUCCUGCGAACCGCUCCGCGCACUAAACAAAUUAAUUAAUUGCUGAUUGUUUGUGCAAAGGGCAGGCACAAAUUUAUAAACAAACAAAAAAUAAGAAAAUGAUAAAUAGCAUUUUUAGAUGCUUUUGCAGCAAUUUGAAAUAUGCAAGUGUUUAAGCGUUGUUUUCGGUGACGAUUAGGAAAAUGAAAACUACAAGUAAAUACAUAAAUAAUGAAAAAAUAUAUAUAAUAAUUUUUUACCUAAA